AUGGAUACGGAGCAAUAUGAACGGUCGGACUACUUCUUCAUCGAACUCGGCCCACCCAUUUGGGCAAAGAAGAUGAGCGAUCUGAGCAAGGUGCAAGAACGAUUCCAACGUCGUAUGGAACAGAAGCGCAGAGCAUCUAUUGCUUCGGAAUCCAGAGAAAGCAGUGAACCAGGCCGACCUCGGAAAUCAUCGGAUUUUCUCGCAAUGGAUCCGGCGAAGAGAACUGUGUCUGCUUCACCAAAUCUCAACGAUCGCUUCAAAAAACGAAUGGGAUCUUGGAUCGCCGGCAUGAAAGGUUUUCUCGCACGGUACAAUGCAUGGCUCACUCUAUCCUUCAGUUCCUCUGCAUGUGUGGCAGUGAUCUCCCAAAACGCUGCAGGCAAUUCUCUACAUUUCUCUCACUGUCAUACGCAAUUUGCAGGCGGUGAAGACAUGGCCGGCUUGACAGCUGACCAGUUGGAAAUCGCGGAAUUGGGAAAACCACGUAUUGGCGAAUAUCCCAAAUGUCAAAUUACCAUCAAAGAAAGCAAGGAAUUCCAGGGUAUUGUUGACCGGAUGAUAAGAAAUGCCAACACAAAACUGAUGUUGGGCACGUCGUCAUGGCGUGAACAAUUCAUCGAUGCGCUGACCGUUGGUGCUGAUGAUGACGACGGUGAUGAUGAAGAGGGAGAAGAAGGAAGUGAUGAAUCAGAGAAGGAGCCACCAAGCUUUGGUGACUACGUCAUGCACUUCCUGACAAUGCCCUGGAAGUUGAUAUUCGCCACAAUCCCUCCAACUGAUUAUUGGGGAGGUUGGGCGUGUUUCGUCGUCUCGAUCUUCAUGAUCGGCGUCCUGACAGCAGUCAUCGGUGAUUUGGCGUCACAGUUUGGUUGCUGGGUCGGCCUCAAGGAUUCCGUCACUGCCAUUUCAUUCGUCGCUCUCGGAACCUCUGUACCCGAUACAUUCGCGUCAAAGGUGUCCCCUGCUGUACAGGACAAAUAUGCUGAUAAUUCCAUCGGUAAUGUGACCGGAUCAAACGCAGUCAACGUAUUCCUUGGUAUCGGAAUCGCUUGGUCCAUGGCAGCCAUCUAUCACUUCUUCAAUGGAACGAAGUUCCUUGUCGACCCUGGAAACCUCGGUUUCUCCGUAUUGGUGUUCUGUUUGGAGGCGUGCGCCUGCAUCACAGUCAUCGUACUAAGGAGAGGGAAACUCGUUGGUGGAGAGCUUGGAGGCCCUAUAAAAUUCAGGGUACGCUUCUAUAUUCUUGAUUACCUUCAUAUUUUCAGCAUGUUCAGUUGA